GUCUGCUGUCCGAAGCAGGAUGCUUUUUCCCAGUGGUGGCCAGGACUCGCCCAGGGGUCUGCCUGAUGUCAAUAACUGGGGUCUGGGCCUACAGUCCCUCAGCCUGUCUGACUGGGAGAGACCGUGGAGCAGCCAUGACACCGAUCCCUCUGUGAAGACCAACACAGCCUCAUUGCAAGGGAUUUUGGGGACUCCCAGUCAGCUUACAAACAAGCUUUCGAGCUACUCUGAUUCCUCCAUGGGUGCCACAGACUUCCUAGAAAAAUUCCCCGGCAUGGCUCGCUUAAACUCCCAAUCUUUCCUGGACUCUCACUCCAUUAGCCCUGUGGACUCUGAGACUAGUGGCUUCAGCUCUGGUUCUGAUCACCUGUCAGACCUGCUGUCAUCUUUGAGGAUCUCUCCGUCUGUGCCCUUCCUUAUGUCCAGUAUGCAGAGGGACCCUCUCAAGUUGGCUCUGGACUCUCGUAUGGACCACAGCAGCUCCCCUCUCACCCCACCUCCCAGUGCAUCUCCAAGUGGUAGUUUGUCCCAUCGCUGGCCUGGUGCCUCCAUCUGGCCUAGCUGGGACCUGAUGAAGACUCCCGAGAGCCCCUUCAGCAUUGAACGAGAGGCCUGGCUUCACAGACAGGCAGCCUCAAUCAAUGAAGCUACCUUUACCUGGAGUGGACAGCUGCCCCCCAGACACUACCAAAAUCCUGUUUACUCUUGCAAGGUAUUUUUAGGAGGAGUUCCCUGGGACAUCACUGAAGCUGGUUUGAUAAACACUUUUAAAUGCUAUGGCCCUCUGAGUGUGGAGUGGCCGGGUAAGGAUGGCAAGCACCCUCGCUGCCCUCCGAAAGGUUAUGUGUACUUGGUGUUUGAAUCUGAUAAAUCUGUGCGAGCUCUGCUGCAGGACUGCACUGAGGAUCUGCUUCAUCCUGAGGGCUACAGCGAAUAUUACUUUAAAAUGUCCAGCAGAAGGAUGCGCUGCAAAGAUGCACAGGUGAUUCCCUGGGUGAUUUCAGACAGUAACUAUGUGAGUUGCCCCUCUCAGAGGCUGGACCCCAGAAACACUGUGUUUGUAGGAGCUCUGCAUGGCAUGCUCAACGCUGAGGCUCUGGCCAGCAUCAUGAAUGACCUGUUUGGUGGAGUGGUGUAUGCAGGCAUUGACACAGACAAGCACAAGUACCCAAUUGGAUCUGGACGCGUAACCUUUAACAACCAGCGCAGUUAUCUGAAAGCUGUGAGUGCUGCAUUUGUAGAGAUAAAGACGCCCAAAUUUACAAAGAAGGUUCAAAUUGAUCCGUACUUGGAGGAUGCCAUCUGUCAAUCAUGUAGCCGUGAACCUGGGCCAUUCUUUUGCAGAGACAAGACCUGCUUCAAGUACUACUGUCGCUCCUGCUGGCAUAGGCAGCACUCCAUGGACAUCCUCAGCAACCACCGCCCUCUGAUGCGAAACCAGAAGAAGCGGGAUGCCAACUGAAGCCACGCAUGGCAGCACGAUGCCUGAGCCUGGAUGUCCAUUUGCACCUGCUCCCCUUGGGAGACUCGUCCAGAGUCGGCCCUCCUUCAGA